AUGGCGACGCUGGAGGAUCCACUUCAUGCUAUUGGAUUCGAUUUAGAUCAUACUCUAAUUCGAUACAAAUUAGAACCAUUUAUGAAGAUGAUUUAUGAAUCGAUAGCACUUCAUAUGGUUCAUGAUUUUGGCUAUGACGAACGAUUACUUCAAUUUGAUGACGAUUUAAUGGAUUUUUGUUUUAAGGGCAACUUUCUCGAUCGAAAUCGGGGUAACUUUCUAAAAGUAGCAGACAAUGGUUAUAUAAUCAGAGCAUGUCAUGGUAGUAAGCUAAUGAGCGAUGAUGAGCUGGCUACUACUUAUGGAAAGGAAAGAAUAUUUCCCUACUUUGCAGAUGUCAAGGAUACCUAUGAUUACAGUAAUAUGUGCUACUUUUUCGAUGGAUAUUAUGAAAUUCCAACUUCUGCUAUUGCAGCUCGAUUAAUCGAUUUCGUAGAUGCAAAGAAAGAAAGAAAGGCUCCAUAUAAGAUCUGGGGUAAUAUUCAAAAUUCAGUCUUUAAGGUCUUUUUCUACAAGAAUUUUAAAGAACAUACCUGCAGGUUUUUUAAGUUAUUAUUUACUGAGCCUGAAAAGUACGCAGAACGUUGCUCUGAUAAACUAGUAAAUUAUUUGAAGUCUUUAAAACAACGUGGCAAGAAACUAUUUAUCAUCACUUAUUCGACCGUAGAAACUGCCACUCUAAUGUUGGAUUAUAUUUUGGGUCCCGAUACGUGGCGUGAAUUAUUUGAUAUUGUUGUUGUGGAUGCAAAAAAGCCAGAUAAUGAUAAAGAUGAAAAGAUCCCUUUUAACGAAAAAUGGAGUGAGCAUGGCGUAUACAUUGGGGGACAUUGUAGUCGAUUACUUGAAUUCUUAUCCUCAUCUACAGGAGAAGAAAACCCUAAUGUCAUGUAUUUUGGCGAUAGCAUUCGAUCCGACAUAGUUGGUCCCAAAAAAUUCUUAAAUUGGACAUGUGGAGCUAUUAUUGACGAACUUGGACCAGUAGCAUUUCCAGAUUCUCAGGAUGAAAGUCGAAAGAAAGUUGUCAGUUCAAAACGAUGGGGAUCAUUCUUCUAUGACUCACCUAAUUGUACGUCAGACUCGGAUGAUAAUUUGGACAGUAUUCGAACGUGUGAAUGGAAUACAUUUUGGGCUAAUGGAAUUAAAAAAUAUGCUGAUUUUUGCAUACCUUCGCUCCAAUAUUUUGUUGUUAAUCUAUGUUUAUAUGCAAAUAAUAUUUAUCCCACCCUUUGCCCAUAUUCGUCAUAUAAAGAUAACCCGAAAAGUAGCAUUGCUGAAUAUCCUCCCCAUCAAUGGCCUAAUGCAAGUUCUUAA